AUGACUACCUUCAACCCUCGUGACCUUGGUGACGUCAAAGUCAUCGACCGUUUUGACCUCAGCAACAGAAGCUACCUUAUUACUGGAGGUGGCGGAGGUAUCGGUUUUGCCUGCGCAAAGGCGAUAGCUCAACUUGGUGGCAGCGUUGCUGUCAUCGACACGGCUCCCGAGCCAGUGGAAGAGUUCAAGACUCUUAGCGAGCGCUAUGGCGUUAAGACAUCAUACAUUCGAGGUGAUGUUACUAACCAAGAAUCUUUGGAAAAGGCCUUCACAGAGGCUGUCGAGUCUAUGGGUGGCCAGCUACAUGGUGCACUGACAGCGGCUGGUAUUGUUAUGGAUACGCCACUGCUCCAGGCUGACUGGGAGGUCACUCAACGGACACUCAACGUCAACAUUAUGGGUACAUACUGGGUGAUCAAGCUUCUUGCGCAGCAUCUCGUCGAUACCAAGACUCCUGGAAGUAUCGUCGCCAUUGCCAGCAUCAAUGGACAAGGAAUGUAUGUCCCAGUGCAGCCAAAGUCAGCAUAUAAUGCCAGCAAGGCUGCUAUUAAAGGCCUCAUGGGUCCAUUAGCCGGAGAACUUGGUCAAUACGGAAUUAGAGUAAACUGCAUUUCACCAGGUGCUAUCCAAACUCCUCUCCUGGCCCGCUUGCAAGGAGAAAAACGAGCCAUCCUUGAUUGGUACCAAAACGGAGCUCCAGUCCAACGACUAGGCGUACCAGAAGACCUAACUCCUAUGGUAAGCUAUCUGCUGAGCGAUGCUUCUUCCUUUACAACGGGUGCAGAUAUGUUAGUUACAGGGGGCCUCCAUGCUGGAACAGCUUUGAAGUAA